AUGGGCGGCCGGGGGCGUGCGAGCGGCGCGGGCGCGGGCGCGGCGGGCGCGCGGCGGCUGACAGGACUUUGCUGUAACAUGGGAGUUGUGACUGCAUUGGCUGCACUGUGGAUGUUCUCCUCAGUGAAGGCAGAUUCUAAAGCCAUUACAACCUCUCUUACCACAAAGUGGUUUUCCACCCCACUGUUGUUAGAAGCCAGUGAAUUCUUAGCAGAAGACAGCCAAGAGACAUUUUGGAGUUUUGUAGAAGCCAGUCAAAAUAUUGGAUCAUCAGAUCAUCAUGGAACGGAUUAUUCCUAUUACCAUGCAAUAUUGGAAGCUGCUUUUAAGUUUCUGUCACCUCUGCAGCAGAAUUUGCUGAAAUUCUGUCUGUCCCUUCGCUCCUAUUCGGCUACAGUGCAAGCCUUCCAGCAGAUAGCAGCUGAUGAGCCUCCACCAGAAGGAUGCAGUUCCUUUUUUUCAGUGCAUGGAGAGAAGACAUGUGAUAUUGAAACCCUGGAGACUCUUCUACUGAGUGCAUCUGAAAGACCAAAACCUUUGUUGUUCAAAGGAGAUCACAGAUACCCAUCAUCUAAUCCUGAAAGUCCAGUGGUGAUUUUUUACUCUGAGAUUGGCCAUGAAGAAUUUUCCAGUAUCCACCACCAACUUGUAUCAAAAAGCAAUGCAGGCAAAAUAAAUUAUGUACUCAGACAUUAUAUAUCUAACCCUGGGAAGGAGCCAGUUUACCUUUCUGGCUAUGGCGUGGAAUUGGCAAUUAAGAGCACUGAGUACAAGGCCAAGGAUGAUACUCAGGUGAAAGGAGCUGAGGUAAACACCACUGUAAUUGGUGAAAAUGAUCCUAUUGAUGAAGUUCAGGGAUUCCUUUUUGGAAGAUUAAGGGACCUGCACCCCACCUUGAAAGAACAGUUGAAAGAGCUCAGAAAGCAUCUUGUAGAAAGCACCAAUGAAAUGGCACCUUUGAAGGUUUGGCAGUUGCAAGAUCUCAGCUUCCAGACUGCUGCCCGAAUACUGGCUGCUCCUGUGGAGUUAGCUUUGGUGGUGAUGAAGGAUCUUAGUCAGAAUUUUCCUACCAAAGCCAGAGCAAUAACGAAAACAUCUGUGAGUUCACAACUUAGAACCGAAGUGGAAGAGAAUCAAAAGUAUUUCAAGGGAACUCUAGGAUUACAACCUGGAGAUUCAGCUCUCUUCAUCAAUGGACUUCACAUUGACUUAGAUACACAGGAUAUAUUCAGUUUGUUUGAUGUGUUGAGGAAUGAAGCCCGAGUAAUGGAGGGCCUGCACAGGCUGGGGAUAGAAGGACCUUCUCUACAUAAUAUUUUGAAGCUGAACAUCCAGCCUUCUGAUGCUGACUAUGCAGUAGACAUUAGGAGCCCUGCCAUUUCAUGGGUCAACAAUCUGGAAGUUGACAGCAGAUAUAAUUCAUGGCCUUCUAGUCUACAAGAGUUGCUUCGACCUACUUUUCCUGGUGUUAUACGACAGAUCAGAAAAAAUUUGCAUAAUAUGGUGUUCAUAGUUGAUCCUGUACAUGAGACAACUGCAGAGCUCAUUAACAUAGCUGAGAUGUUCCUCAGUAAUCACAUACCUCUAAGAGUUGGUUUCAUCUUGGUGGUUGAUGACUCUGAAGAUGUUGAUGGGAUGCAGGAUGCUGGAGUGGCUGUCCUUAGAGCAUAUAAUUACGUUGUUCAAGAGGUGGAUGAGUACCAUGCCUUCCAAAUUCUCACACACAUCUAUAACAAGGUGAGGACUGGUGAAGUGGUUAAAGUUGAACAUGUGGUCAGUGUUCUGCAGAAGAAAUACCCGUAUGUGGAAGUGAACAGCAUUUUGGGGAUUGAUUCUGCUUAUGACCAGAAUCGAAAGGAAGCAAGAGGCUACUAUGAGCAGACUGGCAUUGGCCCACUGCCUGUGGUUCUCUUCAACGGAAUGCCUCUUGAGAAGGAGCAGCUUGACCCUGAUGAGUUGGAAACCAUCACAAUGCACAAGAUCCUGGAGACGACCACCUUCUUCCAACGAGCUGUGUACUUGGGUGAACUGUCACAUGAUCAAGAUGUGGUAGAAUAUAUCAUGAAUCAGCCAAAUGUCGUGCCACGGAUCAAUUCGAGAAUUCUGACAGCUGAGCGAGAUUAUCUGGAUUUAACAGCAAGUAAUAACUUCUUUGUAGAUGAUUAUGCCAGAUUUUCUGUUUUGGAUUCCCAGGGCAAGACUGCUGCAGUAGCCAAUAGCAUGAACUACCUGACAAAGAAAGGAAUGUCCUCCAAGGAAAUCUAUGAUGAUUCUUUUAUUAGGCCAAUAACCUUUUGGAUUGUUGGGGAUUUUGAUAGCCCUUCUGGACGGCUUUUACUGUAUGAUGCUAUUAAACAUCAGAAAUCCAGUAACAAUGUUCGGAUAAGCAUGAUCAAUAACCCAAGUCAAGAGAUAAGCUAUGAGAACACUCCAGUAUUCAGAGCAAUCUGGGCAGCUCUCCAAACACAGACGUCCAACUCUGCUAAGAACUUCAUCACCAAGAUGGCUAAGGAGGAGACUGCAGAGGCGCUGGCUGCAGGAACUGACAUUGGGGAGUUCUCUGUUGGGGGAAUGGAUUUCAGUCUUUUUAAAGAGGUCUUUGAGUCUUCCAGAAUGGAUUUCAUUUUGUCUCAUGCCAUGUACUGCAGGGAUGUUCUGAAGUUGAAGAAAGGACAGAGGGCCGUGAUCAGCAAUGGAAGGAUCAUUGGGCCACUGGAGGAUAGUGAGCUCUUUAAUCAAGACGAUUUCCACCUCCUUGAAAAUAUCAUCUUGAAAACUUCAGGGCAGAAAAUAAAAUCUCAUAUCCAGCAGCUUCGGGUAGAAGAAGAUGUAGCAAGUGACUUGGUGAUGAAGGUAGAUGCUCUCCUGUCAGCUCAGCCCAAAGGAGACGCAAGGAUUGAGUACCAGUUCUUUGAAGACAGACACAGUGCAAUUAAACUGAAGCCCAAGGAGGGGGAGACGUAUUUUGAUGUGGUGGCUGUCAUUGACCCUGUCACAAGAGAAGCACAGAGGCUUGCCCCCUUGCUCUUGGUCUUGACGCAGCUGAUAAACAUGAAUCUAAGAGUAUUCAUGAAUUGCCAAUCAAAACUUUCGGACAUGCCUUUAAAAAGCUUUUACCGUUACGUCUUAGAACCGGAGAUUUUUUUCACCCCGGACAAUAGCUUUACUAAGGGUCCAAUCGCAAAAUUUUUGGAUAUGCCACAGUCUCCAUUGUUCACUUUGAAUUUGAACACACCUGAGAGUUGGAUGGUGGAGUCGGUCAGAACGCCAUAUGAUCUUGAUAAUAUUUAUCUGGAGGAGGUGGAUGGCAUCGUGACUGCUGAAUAUGAGCUGGAGUACCUGUUAUUAGAAGGUCAUUGCUAUGACAUCACCACAGGCCAGCCCCCAAGAGGACUGCAGUUUACAUUGGGAACCUCAGCUAACCCGGUCAUGGUGGAUACAAUUGUUAUGGCUAAUCUGGGCUACUUUCAGCUAAAAGCCAACCCAGGAGCUUGGGUCCUGAGACUAAGGAAGGGACGCUCUGACGAUAUUUAUAGAAUCUACAGCCAUGAUGGUACAGAUUCACCUCCUGAUGCAGAUGAAGUUGUUGUCAUCCUCAAUAACUUCAAAAGCAAGAUUAUUAAAGUGAAGGUUCAGAAGAAGGCAGACAUGGUGAACGAAGACCUGUUGAGUGAUGGAACCAGUGAGAACGAAUCUGGGUUUUGGGACUCAUUCAAAUGGGGCUUUUCGGGAGGGCAGAAGACUGAGGAAGUGAAGCAAGAUAAAGAUGACAUCAUCAACAUUUUCUCUGUUGCAUCUGGCCAUCUCUAUGAAAGAUUUCUUCGCAUAAUGAUGCUAUCAGUGCUGAAGAACACCAACACACCUGUGAAGUUCUGGUUCUUGAAGAAUUAUUUGUCCCCUACAUUUAAGGAGUUUAUACCUUACAUGGCAAACAAAUACAAUUUCCAGUAUGAACUGGUUCAGUACAAAUGGCCGCGGUGGCUUCAUCAGCAGACUGAAAAGCAGCGCAUCAUCUGGGGGUACAAGAUCCUCUUCCUGGAUGUCCUUUUUCCACUGGUGGUCGACAAAUUCCUGUUUGUGGAUGCUGAUCAGAUUGUACGGACAGAUCUGAAAGAGUUACGGGAUUUCAACUUGGAUGGUGCCCCUUACGGUUAUACACCUUUCUGUGAUAGCAGAAGAGAAAUGGAUGGCUACAGGUUCUGGAAGUCAGGGUACUGGGCCAGUCAUUUGGCUGGGCGAAAGUAUCAUAUCAGUGCACUCUACGUCGUGGAUUUGAAAAAGUUCAGGAAAAUAGCUGCUGGUGACAGACUCAGGGGACAAUACCAAGGGCUGAGUCAGGAUCCCAACAGCCUUUCCAAUCUUGAUCAAGAUUUGCCCAAUAACAUGAUCCAUCAGGUGCCAAUCAAAUCACUCCCACAAGAAUGGCUUUGGUGUGAGACAUGGUGUGAUGAUGCCUCCAAGAAGAGGGCAAAGACCAUUGAUUUGUGUAAUAAUCCAAUGACCAAAGAGCCCAAGCUGGAGGCGGCUGUGCGGAUUGUCCCCGAGUGGCAGGACUAUGAUCAGGAAAUCAAACAGCUGCAGAUUCUCUUCCAGAAGGAAAAAGAACUGGGAACACUCUAUCAGGAAAAGACAAGACAGCCUAGCCAAGAAGGAUUUCAGAAACGUGAAGAAUUAUGAUCUCUGGAGGAAAAUAGGAAAUUAUACUAUUGACAGUUUUUAUACUAAAUGCUAGAUUUUCUGAUCUGCCUAUACAACUGCUGAUGAACUGACUGGGCAGGUGUCCACACCUUUUGAUUCUGAGCAUCUGAUUUUGACUUCUGCACACUGGUGGGUGCUGGAUCUUUGGGGUGAAGGCUCUGUUGGAUUUGUACCUCAGAGGAAGACAAGUGACUCAUCUUUUGUAACUGUGAAGAGUGCUCUUCUCAUUAGAAGGAGAAAUGGCAGCAGCAACUGGAAGAAGCCGGGUCCUUAGGUGCCCAUAUCUGUGAGCACACAUUGGCUGCACUGUUACGGAAAGCUGGACAACAGAGCCACCAUGUUCUUCCUUACCUCAGUUUACCUGCAGCCCCUGCUGUGCUGCAAAUUCCCACCUUGCACUGGGGCAGGCCAGCAGAAGCUUCAUUCAAGGUCCACGCCUGGAGGUCGAGGCCAGCAUGCUUCUCAUGUGCCUGCCCCACCCUGUUCCCAAGCAUUUGAUUCAGUUUUUAACUGAGAAUCAACCAAUAAUCAUGCGUCUUCAGGGUUGGCUCGAUGCAGUGGUUUGGGGGAGGGGGAAGAACAGGUAUUAGAGGGCUCUGGGGUAUUGGAGUGUAGAAGACUAAAACUUGUCCAUUCUCUUUUAUAAACCAUCAGUACCACUGUGGCUGAUUUGAAAGGAAAACAUUUCUAUUCCCUACCCAACCCCAAUGAACUUUCUAGAUAACUUUUGUAAACAAUGUUUGUAUUUAUGAAAAUGUUUGCUUUCUCUUCCUGCUCUCUAAAAAAUAAUUGGUUAUCAGUAUCCUGCCUGGGUACAGGCAUACUAACCCCUCAGUGAUCCAUCUCGGGAGGGCUCAGGCUCCAUGGAGAUGCCACUACACAGUUGCCCUUUGUCUUAUAGUUUUCUCUCAGACCCAGUAGAUAGCUUGCCUUGUUCUCAUCCCUGAGACCAGCAGGGACUGACUCAGAGCUCAUGCUUUCCUGUGUGCUGUCCUGGGUCCUCUGACUGCAGCUCUGUGAGCUGCCGUGUGCUGGCAGGACUUGCCAGAGCCCACUGCGGUUCUGACAGGACACUGCUGCAUCGUGCAGUGCCUCGGCCCUUUAGUCACCGCUUCUUGAGUCUUCUCGGUGACAGCACCUCAUCACCCUUUGGGACCAGCCUAGACUAUGGACUCCAGGGCUCUUGUUCGCCUGGGCAGACAUGUGGCGCCGUCUCCAUCCAGGCUGCAGGGUUUUGUGGCAUGAGAACUGGCAGGUACCACCCCUGCCUCCCAGUGCCCAGGUCAUUUUUCUUUCCCAUUUUACUGUUUGUGAAAAUAAGAAGGGGUUGGGAAUGGCUUCGUGGCAGAGUGCUUGUCUAGUGAGCAAGUGUAGUGGAUGGCCAAGUCCUCACCCUUCUAAGCCAGGUGAUGCAUCGAUACGCCAUCUUGUUAAAAAAUAAAGACCUUAAUACAAGUA